AUGUAUAACCAAAAUAGACGGAUUAAUGCAACUUUAAAAAAAUGUAUUGAAAUGGACAAUUUGUGUCAUCUCUAUAAUAUUGAAUUAAUGCAACAAAGAGAAAGGAUCGAAAAUUUAAAGAAAAAAUUACAUUCUUAUAACAAAAAUAUAGAAGCACAAGAGAGUAUUUUUAAUAAUUUUAUAAAGUAUACCGAUAGUUUUGUAAAUAACAUAAUAAACUUUUUAGAAAAUUUUAAUUAUUCAAAAAAUUUUAAUUUAUUUUCUCAAUGUGCAAGAUAUUGUCUUAUUGAUGAUGUGGAUGAAAUAAAGUUAAUAAACCAUUAUAACAAAAUUAAUAAAAUAAAUUCUUGUAAAAAUAAAAAAAAAAAACUUACAAAAUUAGUUAAUAAAUGUAAAAAUAGCAAUUUAAAUAAAAAUUAUUUUUGUGUUGAAGAGGGUAAAAAUAUAAAAAAAAAUAAAAAAAAGAAGAUUAAAAGUAAAGAUGAAACAAAAAAGAAGACUCUACAACAAAAUGAAAAUAUUUAUAAUCUUCACCAACCAUAUGACACUAUAGAAGUGAAAGAUUUAUAUAAUAUUUAUAAAAAGCAACGUAUGAGUUCUGGUUAUUAUUAA